AUGAUCUCGCGACUCCUGCCGCCGGGCUUCCGGUUCCGGCCGACCGACGGGGAGCUCGUCGCCCACUACCUCGCCCGGAAGGCGGCCGACGCCGGCUUCACCUCCGCCGCCAUCCGCGACGCCGACCUGUACCGCGCCGAGCCCUGGGACCUCCUGCCGCCGCCGCGUUGUGAUGCGGCGGCGGAGGAGGAGGAGGAGGAGGAGGAGCGGUGCGGCUACUUCUUCUGCACGAGGAGCUUCAGGUGGCCGUCGGGAACGAGGACGAACAGGGCCACGGCGACCGGGUACUGGAAGUCGACGGGGAAGGACAAGGCGGUGCUGCACGGCGGCGGCGGCGGCGGCGGCCGCCCCGUGGGGGUGAAGAAGACGCUCGUGUUCUACAGGGGGAGGGCGCCGAGGGGCGAGAAGACGAGCUGGGUCAUGCACGAGUACCGCCUCCUGCACGGCGGCGCCGCCGCCACCGCCUCUUCUUCCCCGACGCCGACGACAGUUGUCGCCCGCAGUGAGUGGGUGAUUUGCAGGGUGUUCGUCAGGAAGACACCAGAUGGUAACAACGAUAGGGGAACUACAGAACAUCAUCUUCCCUCCGACGACGCUCAUCUCCGUUCGUCGCCGGCGCCGGCGAACUCUGUGGACGGCGCAGGCCAUGCGAGCUGCAGCUUCUUCUCCGGUGCUAAUGAGUCCAUGGCGCCAAGCGACCAUUUCAACAUAGGAGACGACAUGAUCCUCCAUGGCCACGACGAGGAGGAGUUGCUGAUGAUGAACUGUUCUUCGGCUUUUGAUCUGCCAGAGCUUCUCGACUACGAGAGCUUCUCGCUGGACCUUUGA